AUGAUUCCUAAUGACUCGGGGGCGGGGUACGCGAAAAACAAAACGGUUGGUCGCGACAAUUUUCCUGUGUCUCUCCACCUCAAAGCAAGGAACGGGUCCCCUUUCUCCUCUCCUCCACCAAACCACCGCAGCCCAGCGCGUGAAGCUUCCCUUUGUUCAACCAAGGCUCGCUUUCCUCCCCGGCAGAUCCACCUGGAUGCUCUCCCUCGAGCAGCGCGGGGAGCCCGGGGAGAUGCAGGACCACCCACUGGCGGGGAAGCAGCUAGCAGCCCUCCCGCGCCCCCGCGCUGCCGAGCGCCUUCUGCCUCCGCGCUCGGACGAGAGCCCGUGCCGGCCCCGGCCCCGGCCCCGCUGCGCCGCCGCCGCCCGCCCGGCCGCCCCGCAGCCCCGCCGCCCCGCCGCCCCGCACCGCGCUGGUCAGGUCCCCGCGACAGUGGCCCCGCAGUAAGUUGGCAGGAGCGAGUCCCCUCCGUUCUCGCCUCCCCCGCACCUUUUGAACUUGUUGCUGCUGCUCUGCUCGCCUGCGCCUGGCUUUUGGAAGGUGAAAAGGAGGAGGGAGGAACGGACGGAUGGGGGAAGGGGGAGAAGAGCUCGCUUGAGCUUUAUUUAUGCUCCCUCGGCGCAUCGGAUUCGGCUGCUCGCGAGCUGCUUUCUCUCCUCUUCCCUUUCCGGGUGCACGGCGAGGAGAAAGUCUCUAUGCAACUCAGCCCCGGCGCGCGCUUGGCCAGGUAUGUACUGCGGGCGCGGCGCGUUCUGCGCGGAAGCAGAUGCUGCUGCCGCCACGGCGGCGGCGGCUGCCAGCUCCUGGGCUCUGUAACUGUCACACUGCACCUGAGCUGAACUUGAAAAGAGAGUGAAGGGGCGACUGGGCGAACGCUUUUGGCAGACACAGAGGGUGUUUGUAGACGUGGGGGAGGAGGAUCUGUAUUAACGCCCCCCACCGUACCCACUGCACAUCACCUCCAUCUCUGCAAAUACAGCCCGAGGAGUAGAGGCAGCAGCAGCUGGACCCCCAAAGAGAGACGUGGGGCAGCGGCUGUGACCGUAUCUCCUGAGCUACAACAGGUCGCCUUGUUGAGACUCCUUUGGCGGGAAGGGCUACUUGGAAAGGAAGGUUUGAAAGAGUGAGAAGGUAGGUGGAAGGAUUCCCUAAUUCGUCGAAAUAAUUCUAUUGGGUGACUCUCGUUCGUCUUCUCUAUCCUACACUCCACAUACUGACCCCAUAUUAUCCAGACUGUGCCAGGGGAGAAAUCAAAGACACCUGUUUGAAGAAACGGCUGCACCUGUGUGCUUAUUUGUGCCAGAGGGUGGCCUGGCCCACCUGCUGGAAGAGGUUUGAUUAGGUUCUGUUGGGGGUGAUUGUUAGGACGUUGUAUUUUGUUGUCAUUACUCCAAACACCUGUCUUGGAGGGACACUUGCCCUUCUAAGAACUGUGGCUUUACCAGAAGCCCUAUCUUGGAAUAAGAGUGACACCUCUGGACCACGUUUCUCACUAGUACUUUGCUUGACUGGAGGAAGUGUGUGAGUUGUGGCUGCUUCGGUUGACCCAUUGUAGACGCCUCGUCACUCUUCCUUCCAUUUCAAGGAGCCAUGGCGGCGGGCGUAGCAGCGUGGCUGCCUUUUGCAAGGGCAGCGGCCAUCGGGUGGAUGCCUGUGGCCUCGGGGCCUAUGCCGGCUCCCCCGAGGCAGGAGAGGAAAAGGACCCAAGAUGCUCUCAUUGUGCUGAAUGUGAGUGGAACCCGCUUCCAGACGUGGCAGGACACCCUCGAACGUUACCCAGACACUCUACUGGGCAGUUCUGAGAGGGACUUUUUCUACCACCCAGAGACUCAGCAGUAUUUCUUUGACCGUGACCCAGACAUCUUCCGCCACAUCCUGAAUUUCUACCGCACUGGGAAGCUCCACUAUCCUCGCCACGAGUGCAUCUCUGCUUACGAUGAAGAACUGGCCUUCUUUGGGCUCAUCCCGGAAAUCAUCGGCGACUGCUGUUAUGAGGAGUACAAGGAUCGCAGGCGGGAGAACGCCGAGCGCCUACAGGACGACGCGGAUACCGACACCACUGGAGAGAGCGCCUUGCCCACCAUGACUGCAAGGCAGAGGGUCUGGCGGGCCUUCGAGAACCCCCACACCAGCACGAUGGCCCUGGUGUUCUACUAUGUCACGGGAUUUUUCAUUGCCGUCUCUGUCAUUGCGAAUGUGGUGGAAACAGUGCCCUGCGGAUCAAGCCCAGGUCACAUUAAAGAACUGCCCUGUGGAGAGCGGUAUGCGGUGGCCUUCUUCUGCUUGGACACGGCCUGCGUCAUGAUCUUCACAGUUGAGUAUUUGCUUCGCCUGGCUGCAGCGCCUAGUCGUUACCGUUUUGUGCGUAGUGUCAUGAGUAUCAUCGACGUGGUGGCCAUCCUACCUUAUUACAUUGGGCUGGUGAUGACAGACAAUGAGGACGUGAGCGGAGCCUUUGUCACGCUCCGAGUCUUCCGGGUGUUCAGGAUCUUUAAAUUUUCCCGCCACUCUCAAGGCCUGCGCAUCCUGGGGUACACACUGAAGAGUUGUGCCUCAGAAUUGGGCUUCUUGCUUUUCUCGCUCACCAUGGCUAUCAUCAUCUUCGCUACAGUUAUGUUCUACGCAGAGAAGGGGUCUUCGGCCAGCAAGUUCACCAGCAUCCCUGCAGCAUUCUGGUAUACCAUCGUCACCAUGACAACACUAGGGUAGGUGCCAUAAU